AUGUCUUAUCACCAUAACGCGAUCCCUCAAUACUCGUCGUUGACAAACUUCCUCUCAGAGUCACAGUCGUCGAGCGUUCCAGCGUGGACAUGCGAUGAGUCGGUCUUGCUCGAGCAACAGAUUGCUAGAACAAGUCCCGAGGAGGACGGGCUCAAAGCGGUUUUGUCUAUUGCGCCAUUUUUCCCUCACAAAUCAAUUCAGCAGAUUUCCCUUCGGAUACAGUGGCUUCGAUCACAGUCGAAGCAGUCGUGGGAUGACUUUUGCAAAUCAUUCGAAAACGAAAAAAAGCAAUACCGUAGUCAAUCUUCGUUCCGUCACACGGCAAGCGAAGCUUCGUCUGAAAACAGUUCCACGUCAUCUCAUUCUUCCAAUGGUUCUUCCCCACACAUCACGUCCUCUCCAAUCCGUCAAACCAGAACUGCAAAAUCAGAAGAUUUUAAGACUCAGAAACGGAAAAAAGCACAGAAGUCGUCGUUUAUGGCGCAAACCUCAAUAGUAACGAUCAACAACGUGUCUUCUCAAAUCUUUUUGGAGAUUGACUCACUCAUCUCUCAAAAUUUUGAGAUUUUGGAACGACUGACAUCAAAACUCCAAUAUGGGUUUGUAGCGAACAAAAAUGACAUCCUCACCUUCACCGUCAAUUUGCGGCUCCUCCUCUCACUCACCGACAAGACUGCGCUACCAAAAAGUCUCCCAUUUCUCCCUCUCGUCCUCGAUAUCCCACCCGAGUUGGCGACUCUUCCACAGGAUGUCUAUAACUCGAUCAAGAAUAACAACCUCCAUUUCAUGUAA